AUGCGAUUCUCCCGUUCUGCCAUCGCGGCCGGUCUGGCUACCGCCGCCACCUUCAUGUCUGCUGAGGCGUCGUCGUCGUCGUCCGACGUCCUCGUGCUUGGCAAGGGCAACUUUACCGAAAACGUAGCGAACGAGCCUUUGAUGCUCGUCGAGUUCUACGCUCCGUGGUGCGGACACUGCAAGGCGCUCGCUCCCGAGUACGAGAAGGCUUCCACUGAGCUGCUUGCCGACAAGAUCAAGCUCGCCAAGGUCGACUGCACUGAGGAGAACGAGCUGUGCGCCGAGCACGGCGUCGAGGGCUUCCCCACGCUCAAGAUCUUCCGCACAGGUUCGUCCUCGGACUACAACGGCAACCGAAAAGCCGAUGGCAUUGUCUCGUACAUGAAGAAGCAGGCUCUCCCUGCCCUCUCCGAGCUGACCGCCGACACGUACGCCGACUUCAAGGGCAAGGACCGUGUCGUCGCCAUCGCCUACCUCGACGCUACGGACAAGACCUCGCUCGACGCUGUCACCGCUGUCGCCGACAGCCUGCGCGACAACUACCUGUUCGGUGUUGUAAACGACGCUGCCGUCGCCAAGGAGGCUGGCAUCACCGCUCCCGCCUUUGUUGUCUACCGUCAGUUCGACGAGCCCGAGGUCAAGUUCGACGGCAAGACGUUCAACGAGGAGACCCUGACCAACUUUAUCAAGGCCGAGUCGAUCCCUCUGAUCGACGAGCUCAACGCCGAGAACUUUAUGAGCUACGCCGAGUCUGGUCUGCCGCUCGCCUACCUGUUUGCUGACCCCGAGUCCAAGGACCUCAAGAGCCACGUUGACUCGCUCAAGACGCUGGCCAAGGCCAACAAGGGCAAGCUCAACUUUGUGUGGAUCGACGGUGUCAAGUACUCGCAGCACGCUAAAUCGCUCAACAUCCAGGGCGAGGACUGGCCCGCUUUCGCCGUUCAGGACAUUGAACAGAACCUCAAGUUCCCGCUCGAGGACCUCUCCGGCGACCUGGUCGGCAAGGUGACCGACUUUGUGAAGCAGUACACCGCUGGUGCGCUCAAGCCCUCGGUUAAGUCGGAGCCCAUCCCCAAGGACCAGGACGGACCGGUGCACGUGCUCGUCGCCGACGAGUUUGACGCCGUCAUUGGUGAUGACAGCAAGGACAAGCUGGUCGAGUUCUACGCUCCCUGGUGCGGUCACUGCAAGAAGCUCGCUCCCACGUACGACACUCUGGGUGAGAAGUACAAGGCCCACAAGGACAAGGUGCUGAUCGCCAAGAUGGACGCCACUGCCAACGACAUUCCUCCCACGGCUGGCUUCCAGGUGCAGUCGUUCCCCACCAUCAAGUUCCAGGCAGCUGGCAGCAAGGACUGGAUCGAGUUCACCGGCGACCGCUCGCUCGAGGGCUUUGUCGAUUUUAUCGCCCUCAACGGCAAGCACAAGGUCUCGGUGGACCUCGACCCCAUCAACGAGACCGAGCAGGCUACGCCCGCCAAGGAGGCACCUCACCACGAGGAGCUUUGA